UGAUCACAUGCUGGGAAGGUUUGAAGUUGCGGCUUCAUGUCACACGCGCACCGACAAAGUGAAUGGAACACCGGCGCAGAAGUGACACCGAGGCGACACAGAGCGCACGAGACGGCCGAAGCUGACCCACGGGGAAAAGAAAUACACUCAUAGGAAAAGAAGAAGAAGUAGUAGAAGAAGAAGCGGUGAGAGGAUGAAAGCCGCGGGGGACAACAGUAUCCCACCACCGGCGUCUCCGAAAUCCGCGCUCUAGACCCCGUCGAUUCGGCUCAGUUGAGAAAGUUCCGCGUGUGUGUACAAUGGUUAUAAAUGGGUCUCACCUGAACAGCUCCACACCAGACCCCACCGACACAGUCCUGAACCGCCCGCCCUGGGUUACCACAACUUUGGGCUGCUUCCUCAUCUUCACCAUAGUUGUUGACAUUCUGGGCAACCUCCUGGUCAUCUUCUCCGUGUAUCGCAACAAGAAGCUCAGGAACGCAGGGAACAUCUUCGUGGUGAGCCUGGCAGUGGCGGACCUUGUUGUGGCCAUCUACCCGUACCCUCUGGUCCUCACCUCCAUCUUCCACAAUGGCUGGAACCUGGGUUACGUCCACUGCCAGAUCAGCGGUUUCCUCAUGGGUGUCAGCGUCAUCGGCUCCAUCUUUAACAUCACCGGCAUCGCCAUCAACCGAUACUGUUACAUCUGCCACAGCCUCAAGUACGAUAAACUGUACAGUGACAAAAACUCAGUCUGCUAUGUGAUGCUGAUCUGGGCCUUGACAGUAGUAGCCAUCGUGCCCAACCUGUUUGUGGGUUCGCUGCAGUACGAUGCACGAGUUUACUCCUGCACGUUUGAGCAGUCGGCCAGCUCGGCGUAUACCAUCGCCGUGGUUUUCUUUCAUUUUAUUUUACCCAUCAUGAUUGUCACCUACUGCUACCUGCGCAUCUGGAUAUUAGUCAUACAGGUGAGGCGGAGGGUCAAGCCAGACAAUCGGCCCAAACUGACGCCGCAUGACGUGAGGAACUUCGUCACCAUGUUCGUGGUGUUUGUGCUCUUCGCCGUAUGCUGGGCGCCGCUCAACUUUAUCGGCCUUGCUGUAGCGAUCAAACCGGAGGUAGUGGUCCCCCUCAUCCCAGAGUGGUUAUUUGUGGCCAGCUACUUCAUGGCCUACUUCAACAGCUGCCUUAAUGCAAUUGUGUAUGGUGUGCUGAAUCAGAACUUCCGGCGUGAGUACAAGCGCAUCGUAGUGUCAGUGUGCACGGCGCGAAUCUUUUUCCAGGACAGCUCCAACGAUGCAGGAGAAAGGCUCAAGAGUAAACCGUCACCUCUCAUGACCAACAAUAACCAGGUUAAGGUGGACUCUGUCUGAAGCAGAACUCCAGAACACGAAUGGAUAAGCUGCGACUGUGAAAGUAACAAGUAAAAAUACCAAAUAUACAUAUAAAACAGCAGUUUCUUUUCUGCGAGCUGUCCACAGACUUGUCAUAAGGUGCUAUCUGACCUCUAAACAAUCACAGUAAGAAAAAAAAAAAAACAAAAAACAAAAAAACAAAAACAAGGGUGCAUAUUAUCUUUGUCUUUUAUCAAGCACUUUUGUUUGACUUUUGCAGUACCUGUAGUACAGUAAAUAUAUGAUGUCUGUUUUGUUUUCAUGUUUACAGUGAUGAUAUACUGUACAUGUAUCAUGCAUUAUAUGAGUAUUUAUUUUGUAUGAAAUGUCCUGUAGAUAUAUAGUAAGAUAUAUCAGGUUCCAGUUAAAAUGAAGACAAGAUUUUAUGAGGCCAACAAAAUAAUUUCUAUAAAACAGUGGUUGAAAAUAUGAACAGAAUUUUACAAAAUGAAGUUAGAAAAUUUUAAUGAUCUUAUUUGUGACACUGUAACACUAAUUGAGUGCAAAAAAAAACAAAAAAACAAGUGGGUUGCUGCUGUCUUAUACCUUGCAAUACUGUCCCUUUCAUUAGGUGGAGUAUAUAUAUUUUAGUAAAAUCUCUCUCUCUCUCUCUCUCUCUCUCUCUCUCUCUCACACACACACACACACACUCUCUCUCUCUCUCUCUCUCUCUCUCUCUCUCUCUCUCUCUCUCUCUCUCUCACACACACACACACACACUCUCUCUCUCUCUCUCUCAUUCUAUCUUUCUCUGCCACCCUGUGAGCUCAUUUUACUGUAUGCAUGGAUAUCAGGAAUUGUUCAUAUGCAAAAUAAAAUCUGAUAUUGACGAAGGAUA